CUUUUUAUUAACAACGAGUUUGUACCCGGUCAUGGUCCUUUGAUCGAGACGAUCAACCCUGUUAAUGAGCAGGUAAUCUGCUCUGUUCAUUCUGCUGAUGAGUCCGACGUAAAUGCUGCUGUCAAGGCUGCCAACGAUUGCUUUAAGAACGAAUGGCGAAAGAUUGCACCCGCAGAACGUGGCCGAUUGAUGAACAAGUUGGCUGAUCUCAUGCAGCGUGACAUUGACGAGCUGGCUACCCUCGAUGCUCUCGACAACGGAAAGGCCUUUACUAUUGCCCGUGACGUGGAUGUGACCGACUCGAUUGGUUGUUUCCGUUACUUCGCAGGCUGGGCUGACAAGAUCCACGGCAAGACCAUUGAUACUACUUUUGAUAAGUUGUGCUAUACUCGCCACGAGCCAUUAGGCGUUGUUGGUGCAGUAAUUCCUUGGAACUACCCUCUUAUGAUGGCUGCAUGGAAGUUUGCUCCUGCCUUAGCUGCCGGUAACUGUGUUGUCAUGAAGACUUCCGAGGUUACUCCCCUUUCUCUUUACAAGUUUGCUGCUCUCUGCAAAGAAGCCGGCUUCCCAGCUGGUACUGUAAACGUUAUUACUGGUUAUGGCCACACCACCGGCAACUAUCUCUCUAACCACCCUGGUGUGAGCAAGAUGGCCUUCACUGGUUCUACCGUUACUGGUCGUAAAGUUAUGGAAGCCUCUUCCAAGAGCAACUUAAAGAAACUUCAGCUUGAACUUGGUGGAAAGUCUGCCCAGAUUGUAUGUGCAGAUGCUGAUCUCGAAAGUGCUGCUGUGUGGGCUGCCGGUGGUAUCUUCAACAACCAUGGUCAGAGCUGCAACGCUGGCUCGCGUAUCUUGGUUCAUGAGUCUGUGCACGACAAGUUUGUUCAGCUGUUUGUCAAGGAAGCCGAAAACAUCAAAUUGGGCGAUCCUUUUGAUGUCGAAACUUUCCAGGGCCCUCAGAUCAGCAAGGGCCAAUUCGAGAAGAUUCUGAGUUACAUUGAGCUUGGAAAGAAGGAGGGUGCUAAGGUUGCUUAUGGUGGCAAGAGAUGGGGUACUACAGGAUACUACAUCGAACCUACUGUUUUUAUUAACUGCAACAACAACAUGCGCGUGAUGAGAGAGGAGAUUUUUGGACCUGUUGUAGCUAUUGGUACAUUUAAGACUAUUGAGGAAGCUAUCGAUAUUGCCAAUGACUCCGACUACGGUUUGGCCGGAGGUGUGUACACAUCCAACAUUGACACUGCUAUCAAGGUUACAAACGAGGUUAAGACCGGAACUAUGUGGGUCAAUUGCUUUGAUGUAUUCGACCAAUCUACUCCCUUUGGUGGUUACAAGCAAUCUGGUUUUGGCAAGGAGCUUGGCAAGUAUGCCCUUCAAGAGUAUACUCAAGUCAAGGUUGUCAAAAUCCUCCGUUCUAAGCUCUAA